AUACGGUGAUGAUCAAGGGUAUUUGAAAUCAAGGGCUGAGAAAGGGCAAGAAAUGCAUUUGAGAAUUUUCACUGUAAUUUUCCCAAAAAGCGCAAGAAAUUUUCACAACAUACCUCUCGAGGGAGGCCAUUUGGCGCAGUGACCUCCCCUGUUGCACGUGCCCCCUUGUAUAAAGCCACGUCGUUUUUGCUGCCACUGCUAUCCCCACCGCUUAGGGUGAGAAACACACAGCCACAGAGAGAGGGAGAGGGGAGAGGGGAGAGGGAGAGGGAGAGAGUACAAACUACACUCUGUUCUGUUUGUAUCGGUGUGCGUGAGAGAGAGAGAGAGGGGGGGCCUUCAUUAGCUCAAUUCCUAGUUUAUCUCACCCACCCACAGAGUCUGCAUUCCUAGCCAGGAAAAGCAAAUGGGAGAGGAGGAAAAGAAGCUAGAGGAGAAGAAACCAGAGCAGGCACAGAAGCCAGCUGAGGAAGAGAAGAAGGAGGAAGAGGCGAAGGCUGAGAAACCAGAGGAGAAGAAGGAAGAGGAGAAGAAAGAGGAGGACCCCAAGGAUGAACCGCCGCCGGAGAUUGUGCUGAAAGUGUACAUGCAUUGUGAGGGGUGCGCCCGCAAGGUUCGGCGGUGCCUCAGGGGCUUCGAAGGUGUUGAAGAUGUGAUGACGGAUUGUAAGAGCCACAAGGUGGUGGUGAAGGGAGAAAAGGCAGAUCCUCUGAAGGUUCGGGACAGAGUCCAGAGGAAGAGUCACCGGCAGGUGGAGCUUCUGUCGCCGAUUCCCAAACCUCCGGCUGAAGAUGAGAAGAAGGAAGAUAAAGAGGUCGUUAAACCAGAAGAGAAGAAAGAAGAGCCUCCGCCGGUGAUUACAGUGGUGCUGAAAGUGCACAUGCAUUGCGAAGCCUGUGCACAGGAAAUUAAGAAACGAAUCCUGAGAAUGAAAGGGGUUGAAUCGGCGGACCCAGAUCUGAAAGCCUCGCAGGUCGCCGUGAAAGGAGUGUUCGACCCGCCGAAGCUGGUGGAGUACGUGUACAAGAGGACCGGCAAGCAUUCCGUGGUGGUGAAGCAAGACCCGCCGGAGAAGAAGGAAGAAGACAAAGGCAAAGAGGGAAAAGAGGAGAAGAAGGCGGAAGAACCAGAGACGAAAGCAGAGGGGGGAGAGGCUAAGGAGGAGAAGAAAGAGAGCGGAGAAGCGCCGGCGGAGGCGGCGGAGGAAGGGGCGGCGCCGGUGGUGGACGUGAAGAAGAGCGAGUACGUGCACUACUACUGGCCGCCGACGAACGCCAGAGAGUUCUCGGCGUACCCGCUGCCGUACGCCAGAGAGUUCUCGGCGUACCCGCCGCAGAUCUUCAGCGACGAAAACCCCAAUGCCUGUUCUGUGAUGUAAAAAGUGGGGACGGCGAGGGUAAAAUGGGAAAGAUGAGCUCUUCAUGUGUCCUUAGUGGAAAUGUAAUGCCUGCACCUCUACAGUUCAGCUGUAGAAUUUUUGUGAGGAUUGUACUUUUUUUUAAACUGUUUUUAUUUUAUAUAAAAAUAUAAAUAAUAAUAAUAUGAUGGCAUGUAAUUGGAAUUUCCCCAA